UAAAACCUUCCACUCGCAAUACAAAUCCAUCGUAGCAAAACUGAAAAAACCUUUAAAAAACCUUUCAGUAACUUAGUCGAUCUUCUGGUUCGUCGUUGGUCUCUUUCGUUUUUGUUUUCGAUAUUCUAAGUUUUAGUUGUUUUCGAUCGAUUAUGGCGGAGGAACACCACAACAAGAGUAGUUACGAGUACGAGACUGCUGUCGUUGAUGAUCAGCAGGUUGCCGUGGAGAAGACGGACCGAGGGCUGUUUAAUUUCCAUAGAAAGAAAGAGGAGGAGAAGCACCAAGAGGAGGCGAUCGUUACUGAGUUUGAUGAGAAAGUUACAGUUUCUGGAUGUGAGCCAAAGGUAGAUCAGGAUCAAGAAUACGAGAAGGAAAAGCUGGAGAAAGAAGAGAAGAAACACGGUCUCUUAGAGAAGCUUCACCGAUCCAACAGCAGCUCUAGCUCUUCUAGCGAUGAGGAUGAAGGUGAAGGAGAAGAAAAGAAGAAGAAAAAGAAGGAAAAGAAGGAUAAGAAAGAUAAGAUCAAGGACAAAAUAGCAGUUGAGAAGGAAGAAGAGAAGUACGAGGACACCAACGUCCCUGUUGAGAAAUACGAAGAAGAAGGAGUCGUUCAUGCUGCAGAGCCAGUCCAACCUGAGGAAAAGAAGGGCUUCCUUGAUAAAAUUAAGGAAAAACUUCCAGGCCAGCAGAAGAAGACUGAGGAGGUCCCUCCUCCUCCUCCUCCUUCUCAUGCCGAGUAUGCGGCUGCUGAGCCAGUACCUAGUCAUGAAGGAGAGGCGAAGGAGAAGAAGGGCUUCUUGGAGAAGAUCAAGGAGAAACUGCCUGGAUACCACCCCAAGACAGAGGAAGAGAAGGAAAAAGAGAAGGAGAAAGAGUCUGCCUCCCAUUACUAAAGAUCGAGUUAUGCUUCAAGGAUUAAAGAUAUUGGUGUGCGCUUUGUUUUGUUUUGUUAAUUUACGAUGGGGCCGGGGUUCUUCAAAUGUGCUUUAUUUGAUUCUGCUUUUGAGUUUUUGUGGUUUUUGAAAUUUGAACUACUUUGUAUAUAUAUGUACUGCUUUUUAUGUUCCGUUUUUUCAAUAAACAUCUUCUGUGUACUUGUGUACGUAAA